AUGGCAUCCAACCUAGAAUCCCUCGUAUGCUCUCUCGUCCCGCAGGCCAGACGUGACAAUAAUUUAAAGCAUGAACUCGUCGCACACUGCCAGGACAUCCUCUCGAGUCACAUCGGUCAAUCCGGAGAGACGGAUAUCGGCUACCUAGCAGACCUCAUGCAGCGCCACCUCCUGCAGUCUUCCCCCGAUGGCUCCUUGACCUUGAAGUUCUCCAAUCUUCUAGCACGAUUACUUGACCAGCCGGUUCUGACCAGGAAGCACGCGUCUCUCCUCUUCCUCCAUUCCUUGGCUACAUCCCCAAAACCAUCGUCCGUUUCUCCCGCCUUUCUCCCCUCACUCGCCCCUCCUCCUCCUUCCAAGCCGUCUACCGCUCUGAACACGCCUGUAGACUCCUCGCCUACUUCACGAUUACCUAGAGGCAGGUCGAAGGCCGAGAUUCUGAGGGAAUACCGGGGAAAAAUUGGACGUCCGCACCUCCCAGAACACUUGAUUCUGCGGGACACGCUGUAUCUUCUUCAAGGAAUCUCCGGCAAGUACGUACACUUCUCUCCCGGCGCCGAUCCGGAGCAGAACGACGAACUCGUAUUCACGGAUGACCCGAAACUCAUUAUCUCCACCCCAACGCGGGCGCUGGUCCAUAGACUCGCCGAGGUCGGCCACCUCUACAAGCGCGUCGACGCUUUCGUCCGCGAGCGCGAGGGCAGGCUUGGCGUCGGGAUGAUCGAGCAAAGUCUCUGCCACCACCUGCAGACACAGCUCACAGAGUAUUACCGCCUCAUCGCCGUCCUCGAGUCGCAGAUGGCGCCGCACCCGGCGGCAGAUGCUGCAGACGCGGAUAACGCAUCUGCGGCGGAGGAUGGUAGUGUGCGUCAGGAGGAGAGCGGGCUGACGCUCAAACGGCUGGACGUGUGGAUCGAAGACUGGAAGUUGAGGAUGCGCAUGAUGAGUGUGUGUGUCGAGGGCGCGAGAGGUGCACACGGAGGCGCACUAGUGAAUCUCAUCCACGGUUACGCCGACAACGGCGAUCCAUUCGUCCGCAAGUUCACAGACCAGCUGCUGGAAGAGGUGUCGAAACCCUUCUUUGCGACUCUGCACAAAUGGCUGUUCUCCGGCGAGCUCAACGACCCCUUCUCCGAGUUCUUCGUUGCUGUCGACCCGGAGCUCGCCCACCUGCAGUAUGUGCAAUCAUCGUCGAACGAUGGUGGCGGGGGCGGCCAAUUCUCUGCAGACGGCGGCUUCGGUGGCUUCGGUGGCGAUGGGGAAGACAUCUCCGGCGAGCGCGAGAGCGGCCUCAAGCUCUGGGAGGCAAAGUACCAGUUCCAGCGGGACAUGCUACCUGCAUUUGUGGGUGAGGUCUUUGGUCGGAAGAUAUUUUCGACAGGAAAGAGCUUGAACUUCAUUCGAUACAGUUGUCAUGACAGUGACUGGGUGGCGACGCGCGAGAAGCUCAGCAACACCGGCGGAACCCUGAAAUACAGUGACAUCUCCGGCUUGGAACGCUCUAUCGAUCAGGCCUAUCAGAUUGCCAGUAGACGUCUGUUCGAUGUCUUCUUCGAGAAGUACCGGCUAUUGGACCAUCUGCUUGCCUUGAAGCAUUACCUGUUGCUCGGCCAUGGCGACUUUGUUGAACAGUUGAUGGAGAGCCUAUCUCAAAGCUUGGCCCGGCCGGCAAAUACGCUCUACAGGCACAACCUGACUGCGACACUCGAAUCCGCGAUCCGAUCCUCGAACGCGCAGAACGACCCGCCGGACGUGCUCCGGCGGCUCGACGCACGUAUGCUGGAGUAUUCGCACGGCGAGAUUGGGUGGGACGUGUUCACGCUCGAGUACAAAGUCGACGCGCCGCUGGACACCGUGCUCGAACCCGAGGCGAUCCUCCGGUACCUGAAGCUGUUCAACCAUCUCUGGAAGAUCAAGCGCAUCGAGGGCACGCUCAGCAAGGGUUGGAUGCGCAUCGCGGGCGGCUCGCGCACAUUCCUCCGCGUUCCAGAGCUCGAUGGCGACUGGCACCAGAUCCGGAUCGUCGUCGCGGAGAUGAUCCACUUCAUACGCCAGCUGGAGGCGUACUGCCAGCUCGAGGUCAUCGAGUGCUCGUGGAAGAAUUUGCUCGACUUUGUGCAAAAGAAGGAGGGCGAUCUCGACGCGCUCAUCGAGGCGCACCGUGCCUACCUCGAUCGGAUGGUGAAGAAGGUCUUACUGCUCAGCCCCAAAGCCGGUCGGGAGGAGAAUGUGCUCAACCAGGUCCGCGAGGUGUUCGCUAUCAUCUUGCAGUUUCGCGAAGCCACUGAUGACUUCUAUAACUAUUGCCUGUCGGAGUCCGCCCGGAGGGACUCUGCGCUGGAUGCAGAACGGGGCGUCUUCACUCAUAUAGAACGGGAGCAAAGACCGAGUACGCAUGACGUGCGCGAGAUUCUUAAUCGCAUCAGAGAAUACGGGACAUCGUUUUCCGAACGGGCUCAGUCGAUCGUGCAGGCGCUUCAGGUGCAUCCUGACCUCGACUGCCGUUUCCUGGGCAUCAGGUUGUCGUUCUCCGACUUUUACAAGAGCAAGAAGGAGCAGCAGAGGUAG